ACCAGGAACUUGUGCCACGGCUCUCUCUCGCCUUCCCCUACCUGUUGCUAGGGAUCCUGCUAUACCUUAAGAGCCACUGUAGGAUUCGGCUCCAUACAUUGCGUGCAGUAUUUCUUUGAUCAAUCAACGAAAAAAUCUCACGACGAAUAUCUAUUUUGUUAGCAUUAUUGGUCGUCAACAUGCCCUACCUGGAGAACGACAAGAUCGCAAGCACAUCCACACUUUUCAUCCUCAACAUCUACCGUGCGACACCAGAAACGCCACUGUAUACCCAAUCGACGAACGAUCUCACGCAUCGCGGUAGACUACUGCGGUUCACGCCUGGCAAAGAUGACAAGCCAGUGACGCUUCUCCAAGACUUGCACAUGCCCGACGGAAUUACAAUCAGCAAAAAGCACAACCGGAUCUUCUGGACGCAGAUGGGCAACGCUGGCUCCAACGAUGGCUCAAUCAUGACCUCGAACCUCGAUGGCAGCGAUAUGAAAUGCAUACUCUCAGGCGGAGCUGUACAUACCCCGAAGCAAAUUGUCAUCGACGAGGAAGCCGACGAACUGUAUUUCUGCGAUCGCGAAGGUCUCCGAGUACAUCGAUGUGACCUUGAUGGCGGGAACCACGAGGUUUUGAUCCAGACGGGCGACUGGAGAAACCCAGAGCAUCAGAGUAAUCAGACCCGGUGGUGCGUGGGUAUAGCUAUCAGCAAGGAACUGGGAAAGCUGUACUGGACGCAGAAAGGUGCACCAAAAAUGCGGCAGGGCAGGAUAUUUUCCGCCAAUCUGGAAAUCCCGAGCGGCUACACAGCAGAAGAUCGACCAGACAUCGAGCUUGUUGCUGAAAAUCUUCCGGAGCCUAUCGACCUGGAACUGGACGAGGAUAUGGGAGCUUUGUACUGGACGGAUCGUGGCGAAUUUCCUUUCGGCAAUACGCUGAAUCGAAAGACUUUGAGGGUCCGUGGAGAUGGUCCUAGGGAGGAGGAACGGAAGUUGGGUCGGGAAAUACUGGCGGAGGGGUUUGGUGAAGCCAUUGGAUUGGCACUUGACAAAGUUCAAGGGUGUGCAUGGGUUGCAGAUCUUGCUGGGAGGAUCUGGAAAUGCGAUACAACGAAGCCUGCUGCCAAGCAGAAAGUGCAUGAGGAGGAGCUGGCUGUUUUCACAGGCUUGGCGCUUUAUCAUGGCUAGUUUCAUGGUCCAGGGUCGUAGGAACCGUAAUGAUUAGUAUGCCACAGGCAUUA